AUGUCGUUCCUCCGCAAACUGCGGCCUGGCGCCGGCACCCAGCAGGUUGCUAUCGAACCGAUGGUAGUCGAGGACAGCCUUGAGAAGAUGGAGUCCACCUCCGACGUCGAAGCGCACAACCCCGAAAAUGUAACCCCCGACCAAAAUGCACAACGCGGAGUUCAGGAGAUUGAAGCAGUGACGUUGGUCUGGACAAAAACGUCGUUAGCUGCCUUGCUCAUCUGCAUCUGGGUUCUGUUCCUAGUCAAUGGGUUCAGGAUCAACAUCCUCGCGACUCUACUGCCCUACGUUACUAGCAGCUUCGAGUCUCACUCACUGUUGACCGUGAUCACCAUCGUGGCUAGCGCCAUGACAGGGGCUGUAUACAUUCCCAUGGCCAAGAUGAUGGACCUAUGGGGUCGUGCGGAGGCUUUUCUCUUCAUGGUGGUCUUGUCCACUCUGGGACUGAUCCUCAUGGCCGCGUCCCGCAACCUUGCCAUGUACUGCGCCGCAGAGGUCUUUUACUCCGUCGGAUUCGCCGGCCUCAUCUACAGCAUCUGCGUGUUCGCAACCGACGUUACGAACUUGAGGAACCGAGGUCUCGCGUUCGCCUUCACCUCGUCUCCGUACAUGAUAACGGCAUUCGCCGGAUCCAAAGCCGCCGAAGGCUUUCUCGAGCAUGUUAGCUGGCGAUGGGGCUUCGGCUGCUUUGCAAUCAUCGUGCCCGUUGUCACCGCGCCGCUUUAUAUGAUCCUGAAGGUCAACCUCAAGAAAGCCAAGAGACAGGGCCUUGUAUCGGACCGGCCGGACAGUACCCCCCAGACACUGAUACAGAAAGUUUGGUGGGCUAUCAAAGAGUUCGAUCUCAUGGGUGUCUUCCUCUUCGCCGCGGGUCUGGUCAUAUUCCUCCUGCCGUUUAAUCUCGCCGCUUCUGCCCCGCAUGGCUGGAAGUCGGGCUACAUCAUCGCCAUGAUCGUCGUCGGCUUCGUUCUCCUGGUCAUCUUUGCCGUACAUCAAGUUUAUCUGGCACCGGUCCCCUUCCUCAAGCACAGCGCCCUCGUCAAUCGCACUGUCAUCGGGGCUUGUCUCAUCGACAUGACAUACCAGAUAUCGUACUACUGCUGGGACAGCUACUUCACAUCCUUCCUCCAGGUCGUCAACAACGUAUCCGCUGCCAAUGCUGGGUACAUCAACAGCACCUUCCAGGUCGUGUCCGGCGUCCUGCUGUUCAUCGUUGGUUACCUUAUCCGCCGGACGGGCUACUUCAAAUGGACCUUCUACUGGGCCAUCCCUCUAUACACCUUCACGCUCGGCCUCAUGAUCUACUUCCGCCGACCCAACCAGAGCAUCGGCUACCUGGUCAUGUGCGAGAUCUUCAUAUCCAUGGGCGGAAGCGUGUUCAUCCUGAACUGCCAACUCGCUGUACUCGCCGCCGUCGAGCACCAAUACGUUGCAGCUGUACUGUCGCUGCUCUUCGUAUCUGGUAGCAUUGGCGACUCCGUCGGCAGUGCCAUCUGCGGAGCCAUUUGGACCAAUACAUUCGAGUCAGCCUUGAUACGCUACCUCCCGGAGACUGCCCUCGCAGACGCGGCGGAGAUUUACGCCAGUAUCACCGUUCAACUCUCAUACCCUGUCGGUAGCCCCGUACGCCUUGCCAUCCAGGAGGCCUAUGGCUAUGCCCAGACGAGGAUGCUUGCCGCAGGCACAGGCAUCAUGGCUCUAUGCUUCAUCUGGGUACUCUUCAUCGAGAACCUGAACGUUUCGAAGUUGACGCAGACGAGGGGUGUUGUCUUGUGA